GUUGACAUUUAUGACAUACCCGCCGUACCUACUGCAUCUCAACUAAAAUUUAUUAUAGCCACGCUAUAUAUUUUAAUAGGUUAAGGGUUAUAUUUUAAUGUGUACCUUGUAAAAUACUACAUAUAUCUGUAGCGUUUCUUUGUUACAUAAAAUUUUCAUUUAUAAACUAAGAAAAUUUAAGGAAAAAUGGCUUCGAGUGAAGGCCGUGCACAGUCAAACUUGCAUCAGCAAGAUUUGUCUAAAUUGGAUGUCACAAAACUUUCGGCUUUAUCGCCAGAAGUAAUAUCGAGACAAGCAACUAUCAAUAUUGGAACUAUUGGACAUGUAGCUCAUGGAAAAUCAACUGUAGUAAAAGCUAUUUCAGGUGUGCAAACUGUCAGAUUUAAAAAUGAGCUGGAAAGAAACAUUACUAUUAAACUGGGUUACGCGAACGCGAAAAUCUACAAAUGCGACAACCCAAAAUGCCCUAGACCGACCAGUUUCAUAUCGGGCGGUUCGUCCAAGGACGACAACUUCCCGUGCUUGCGGCCCGCGUGCACGGGGCGCUUCCAGCUUGUGCGACAUGUCAGCUUUGUGGACUGCCCCGGGCACGACAUUCUUAUGGCUACUAUGUUGAACGGAGCCGCUGUCAUGGACGCCGCGCUUUUGUUGAUCGCUGGCAACGAGUCGUGCCCACAGCCACAGACCAGUGAGCACUUGGCCGCCAUCGAGAUCAUGAAGCUGAAGCACAUCCUCAUCCUGCAGAACAAGAUCGAUUUGGUGAAGGAGGGCCAGGCGAAGGAGCAGCAUGAACAGAUCGUCAAAUUCGUCCAGGGCACCGUCGCUGAUGGAGCACCCAUUAUACCAAUUUCUGCCCAGUUGAAGUACAAUAUUGAGGUGCUGUGCGAGUACAUAACGAAGAAGAUCCCGGUGCCGCUGCGCGACUUCACGUCGCCGCCGCGCAUGAUCGUGAUCCGCUCGUUCGACGUGAACAAGCCGGGCUGCGAGGUGGACGACCUGCGCGGCGGCGUCGCCGGCGGCUCCAUCCUGCAGGGCGUGCUCACCGUCGGCAUGGAGAUCGAGGUGCGGCCCGGGCUGGUGAGCAAGGACGCGGAGGGGCGGCUGACGUGCCGGCCGAUCUUCUCGCGCAUCGUGUCGCUGUUCGCGGAGCAGAACGAGCUGCAGUUCGCGGCGCCCGGCGGCCUCAUCGGCGUGGGCACGCGCAUCGAGCCCACGCUCUGCCGCGCCGACCGCCUCGUGGGACAGGUGCUAGGAGCUGUGGGAGCGUUACCGGGCAUCUUUGUGAAGCUCGAAGUGUCGUACUACUUGCUCAAGCGACUGCUCGGCGUCCGCACGGAGGGCGACAAGAAGGCCGCUAAAGUGCAGAAAUUGACCAAGAACGAGGCUCUCCUCGUGAACAUCGGUUCCCUGAGCACGGGCGGGCGCGUGCUGGCGACGAAGGCCGACUUGGCCAAAAUCGCGCUCACGUCGCCCGUGUGCACCGAGGUCGGCGAGAAGGUGGCCCUCUCGCGUAGGGUCGAGAACCACUGGAGAUUAAUCGGUUGGGGACAGAUCCAGGGAGGAGAAACUAUCGAACCGCUAAAGAAUUGAAAAUAUCGCUCUUAGCUUUUAUAUUGUAUUUUAAAUAUUUAAUAAAACAUUAUAUAUA